ACGAUGUAUCACGCACUGGAAUGCCAUUGGUAUGACCCGUUCCAAUGCAUGUGAAAGGAACCUCUGGCUUGUUUGCAGUUUGCAAUCCAACGAUCGGGUUCGAAGAGGGAGGGAAGACGGCAUUUGCGUGGAAACCUAGUCUGCAGGGUAACCUAGGAAUCUUCCCAAGUGCAGCGAUGCUCGCAUCAUGGUAAUCGCAAGAACACCAAAGAAAGCGGGCAAGCAUUGAUAAUUCACGUUUUUGACGUUAUACUUCGUGUUGAUGAGGCCAGCCUUUUAAUGCUCAAGAAGCCCCGAGGUCUGAAUUACAAAUUCCUGCCAUGUUAGGGACAAUCAGCGUGCCGGCACAGUAGGUACCCAUUAAGAUUGGGCCACAUAAUUCUUGCAGUUUGUAACAUGUCGUGAUCUGUGAGCUUCUCCAAUGUUCUGGGAGUAAACGAAAAGCUACCGCGCAAGCUCAAUCGAUAUAUUCCAGUUCCCAUCGCAGUCUUGAUUGGCCCAUCGCGGUUUGAUUGGCUCUUUUGGCUGUCUUGGAUUGCGUGUUGCUUCUUCUGGAUUUGUUCGGGAAGCUGUGUGCUCCCGAGCCAAGGCAGUACUGGCACCCAUACCGGUAGCCAACCAUCUUCGUGGAACCGGCCAGUCCUCGUCGUUUGUCGCUCAAGAACAGCGACCUCGUUCGGCCCUUGCGUUUUCGUGACAGUUGCGCUAGUGAUCUUCUCGUUGGUAUCCGAGCCAGUCGUCGUAGAUUCGACGCCACCUCGUUCCAAGUUUCAUCGGCGACUGCUUGCUGCAUUGCGAUGGGCGAUGCUUGUUCCGGGUACGACUGGGCAAUGCAAUGCCAUCGUUUGGAAGCGGUAUCUCAGGCUGCCAAUCUUCUCAGGCGGGGGAGUCCGAACCAAUCGUCCAUUGUGCGAUGCCUCUUUGUCAGCGACUGCCUUCACCUCUCCAUGGUGUAGUUUUUCAUCGUGGCGUUUUAAGUUGUGCUUGGGUAUAUCGUCGAUUUUUCUUUUCGUGAGUAUCCGAGCAGUCGUCGAUUCCGCGAUGCUGCUGAUCGGUGACUGCACCAUGGGCAAUGUUCCGAGGCGCAUUAUCAAUUCAUCAGCGCUGGCGACUAUUUUGGCCAAGAAAAUGCUGUUGGUUGGUACGUUGGUACAUUUACCUUGACAGUUCCAUAAAUGUUUCGGACGUGGAUUUGAUGCUGCUCUCCAUAAUGGUCACCUACAGCUGUUUUUAUUCGCUGUAUUUUUUGAAAGCGACAAAAUGUGAGCGCUAUUUGCCAUUCACUGGAUCUUCGCAAUCCUUCAUGCACUGAAUGAAGGAGUUAUUGGAACAGUCUGGAACAACUCAGACCAAAUGGUUUGGUACCAGUACCUGGUACAUACUACGUGGUAGUAACUGGUACUCUGUACCGGUACAGUCGUACCGGUACCGGUACUGCACAUGUAGACUAAAUUGUAGAAAUUUAAUGGUCUACGUCAAGCGGGAGAUGUCAGCCAAGUGCAAAAAAGAUCUUCGGCAUCAAUGACCCUGCUUCAUGCCAAUCCAAGUUUGAUGACUGACGCAGCCACUGAAGACCACCCUGAAAGGCAUCAAAAGCAUUGACAGAUUCGAUUCUCACUUUUUUUGCUCGAAGAUAAGUUUGUUUGCUUGCUUCAUUAUUUUCCCUCUUCUAUUCUCGGUCUCUUUUAUUUCGUUUCGCCUACUAAUCAAGCCCAAGAUCCAAGAUACCAUCAUGCGUCUUUCCACUGUCACCUUCUUGUUGUUGGGUGCGUCUCUGGUUCUGCCCUCGGCAGUGCAGGGAAGCCUUACUUGUGACGGUACCUCCUCCCUCACCAGCGCUGGAGCCUUGAGCUACUGGAGUCUGUACGAUGAUGCCGACACGCAUCUCCCAGAUCUCCCCAUCGACCGCAAGUGCCGCUUGGCCCCAUUGCCCAGUGCUACUUCCACCGCCACUCGCGUCUUCCGUUGGUACAACUUCCGAGCUCCUGGCAACAGCUCUGUCACCUUUGACAUGGUGGCACAAGACAAAUCCGCCGAUCACGCCGCCCUUGCGAUCUAUGUGGGAGAGAGCUGCGAUUCUCUCGCCUGUGAACAAACCGCCACGGAGGGUACAUCUGGUACUACCACUUGGACGGCCGUGGGAGGCACCGUCUACCGUAUCUUGGCCACCCGCAUCAAGGAGGACGCCGAUGCCUUCACCGGCAGCAUCCAUCGCUUUGAGAUCCAGGGUGCCACUCCCAUGACGGUGUGCGAGUUGGAUUUGGCCAAUCAGCCCAGCUCUAAUCACAAGCGAGAAUGCUCCUGUAAAACCAAUUUCGAUUCCUACAAGAAUGCAUCCAUGGAAUGUGCCGAUAAAUGUGCCAAUUGUCACGAAGAAGAUGAUGGUACUUCCUUCUGUUACUAUCCAAGUGUUGAGCAGUACUACUCGGAUGAUGCCACCAUUGGAGCUACUGGAGGCAAGCUUUGCUUCACGCUCGCCGAUGGAUUCGAUGCCGAUGUGGUUGCCACCACCGUUUGCCGUGACGUCCAAGAGUUGGAGGAAUCCGGAAACAGCGAUUGUACCUUUUCUGUGGAAACUGGUACGGGUGCAGAAAGUACAUGUGCCUUUUGCUCGUACAAUCCUUCUGCUUCGUGUGGCUCGGAAGCUGAUGUCGCUGGUGCAUUUCCCUUUGCCGAUUGUGGAGAUGGCAACAUCUUCAGUCCUUGCGGUAAUGUUGGAUUGACGGGAGUCUAUGCCGACUAUGAAAGAAUUAUCAUGACGGCCGUGGAUGGAGGCGGUGUCGCGGAUGUAGGUGAAUGUCUGGGCGAAGGCAUUGAUGCUGCCGAUGCUCUCACCGCCAUUGAUAUGGAAAUGGACGUCUUCACUGACAAUAUUACUCUUCAAGGUGGUGAAAGGCAGCUGUAUCGUCUUCCCGUCAACAACACCAUCCAUAGGAAUGUCCUUUGUAACUUCUUUGGAGAGACUGGAGACCCUGACUUUCGAAUCCGUUCCAACACUCCCGACGGUUCCACCAAGUGCGCCCGAACCCAAGGAGGAAGUACUCCAGAAGCGCGCCAGGGUGACUGCUCCGUGACGAUCUAUGACGGUGAGACGGUUUUGUACCUCGAGGUGAAUGCCUUCGGUACCAGAACGGUCGAAAAUGUUUGGGUCCACUGCACUCCGUAUGACCAAAACCUCUACAUGGGUGACACCACAACUUUUGACAUCGCAGCCGACCAGACCAAGUGGCUCCGCUUGGAUGUGGAAGGCAGAAAUCAAACAAUUGGAUGCACCCUGGAGGGCGGCGACGGUGAUCCUGAUAUGGCGUUGCAUUUG